GCAACUCGUUUCCAAUCUCCUCUCUGGCACAAUGGCUGUUCUUCCAGGCUUCAAUCACUCAACUGAUCCCGUCAUUCAAGUCGGGCUUUGCUUUCUUGCCCUGAGCUGGUUCCUAGCCAUCGUCUUCUUCUUUGCAUUGACCGACCCGUCCAAAUCGGCGAGCAAGCCUCCUAGCACCCUGCAAGCCUACAUCCGCUUCAUCUACGGCUGCUUUCUCAAGCCGCACACCGGCGACGGCAGCGGCAGCCAGCAGGACGCGCUCGAGAGCUUCUACGAGGCGCAGGCCUCGGUGUACGAUGCCACGCGCGCCAAGUUGCUGCGAGGCCGGGACGACAUGCUCGCGCUCGCCGCCGCGCAGCUAGAAUACAAAGUCAAUGCUGGGGUGCUGGCCCACAAGCCCAUCUGGGUCGAUGUUGGGGGAGGCACGGGCUGGAACAUCGAGCGCAUGGGCGACCACGUCUCCGUGCAAGACUUCUUCCGCUCCGUCUACCUCGUUGACCUGUCGCCGUCGCUGUGCCAGAUAGCGCGGGCGAGGUUCGCGCGCCUCGGCUGGACCAAUGUCAAGGUCGUCUGCCAGGAUGCUCGCGCCUUUCGCCUCGAGGACCACGAGGCCGUCGCCCCGCGGGAGAAGUCGAUCGUCCAGAUCAACGACGAAGAGUACGACCUGGCUGGGCAGCCGACGCCGUUGGGCGCCGGGCUCGUCACCCUGAGCUACUCCCUGUCGAUGAUUCCAGACUUUUACCCCGUCAUUGACUCGAUCUCGUCGCUGCUCUGCCCCGACGGCAUCAUCGGCGUUGUCGACUUUUACGUCCAGAGCAAGGUCGACUUCCAGUCCCGCAACUAUGUCGGCGGCGUCUUUGACAGGCACUGCAUGUGGCUGUCGCGCGUCUUCUGGCGGACAUGGUUCGAGAUUGACCGCGUGAACCUGGAGCCAGCCAGGCGGGACUAUCUGGAAUACAAAUUCGGCACGGUUUUGAACGUCAACGCACGCAACUCCUUCCUCGGCAUGCGCAUCCCGUACUACGUCUGGAUCGGAUGCACCAAGAACAGCGGCUCCGCAGAGGACAAGCUGGCCUCGCUCGACGCGGCCGCGACCGAGUCGCCCAUCUUAUCCGCGCUGGACCUGCAGUCGCGGCACCGCGGCACGCUGCUCCGGCGCGACAGCGGCGUCGAGCUGCAGCACUCGAAGGCGUACGCGUCGGCGGUGGGGAACCUGACGGCCAGCCUGCCGCUGCCGGCCAGCUGGUACCAGAACCACCCCUGGCGGUUGCACUACGACGAGCUGCUGGCGAAGCACACGCAGUUUAACGACGAGUAUAUCUACGCUUUUACGUGGGAGGACAGCCGUGCCGACGCAGACAUCUUGCAGAUUACGCCCGACGACGUCAUCUUGGCUAUCACGAGCGCCGGUGACAACAUCGUCUCGUUUGCGCUGGAGAAGCCGAAGCGCAUCCACGCCGUCGAUCUCAACCCAGCACAGAACCACCUCCUCGAGCUCAAGCUCGCCGCCUUCUCCGCCCUCAGCUACGCCGAGCUCUUCCAGCUCUUCGGGCACGGCACGCACCCGGCCUUCCGGGCCCUGCUCCUCCGCCGCCUAAGCCCGCACCUCUCGUCGCCGGCGCUGCAGUUCUGGCUGCGGCACGGCGACGCUGCCUUUUCCCCGCGAAGCGGCGGAGGCGGGGGAUUGUACCGCAGCACGGGCGGGUCGCGGCACGCGCUGCGGCUCGCGGCGCUGCUGGUGCGGGCGCUGGGGCUGCGGCGCGAGGUCCGUCGACUGUGUGGCGCCGAGACGCUGGCAGCGCAGCGCGACGUCUGGUCGAAAGGGUGGCUGCGAAGAGUGUUGCUGUCGCGGGCACUCGUGUGGGCCGUAGUCGGGUCGCGGGGGUGGUUGUGGCGGGCGCUGGGCGUGCCGGCCGCGCAGAGAGAGCUGAUUGAGCGGGACUAUCGCGAGCUGUGCUGUGCACCUUCGUCCUCCUCUUCUUCCUCUUCGUCGGCGACGUCGUCUGAGGCUUCUUCUUCGACGUCAGACUCGGCAGCCGCCAUCCACGCUUACCUCGCUGCGACGCUUGACCCCAUCGCGCGGAACUCGCACCUCCGCGACUGUAACCACUACUACGCCCUCUGUCUGCAGGGCCACUACGCACCGCAUAACUGCCCGGCGUACCUCGCGCCGAAGGCGCAUGCUGCACUCUCGCCUUGCUCUUCGCUUUCCCACUCCACGGGGUCCUCGCCCAAGGGGCCCUCCUCGGUCAAUGGGCCCUCCUUCGUCGAGGGGUCCUCCUCCUCCCCGCUCGACAUCCUCCGCCUGCACACCGACACCCUCGCCGCCGUGGCCGCGCAGCUGCCCCCCGCGUCCCUGACCAUCGCCGUGGUCAUGGACAGCAUGGACUGGUUCUCUGACACCAACCCCGUCGACCAGCGCGCAGCGAAGCAGCAGGUCGCAGCCCUCCACCGCGCGCUGCGCCCCGGCGGCCGCGUGCUCCUGCGCAGCGCGGGCCUGCGACCGUGGUAUCUGGCGCUGUUUGAGAAGAAGGGGUUUAGGAACGAGAGGGUGGGCGUAAGGAUGCCUGGGGGCGAGGGGGUGCUGGAUCGCGUGAACAUGUAUGCGAGUGUUUGGGUUUGCGUAAGGUUGUAGGGAGGGGGGUGUGGUGUGUGGGUGGUGGGGAGUGGGGGAGGUGUAAAUAGGUCAAGUCAAGUUUCGCGCUCUUGUGCUGCUGUCUGUCGUUGAUCUGCGUCGGCGCUUAAGUACCUAGGUACUCAUCCACCCCAUCCAUCCAAAUGCGGCCCAAGCCAUCCUAGGUAUCUCUUCACUUCUUCACAUGUGCCGUUAUACCUUCCCUUCGUUUAUUUUGUUUUUAUACCCUUACAGGAUUCUCUACCACUUGUAC